CCAAAACAAAAGAAAAACAGUAGGCUCCGCUCGAUUUUCUUCCUGGCUGAAGGCAAGUCAGCCACCUGUUCGUCUUCUUGAUCAGGAGAUGUUGAAGCAUGGAACCAGAAGAUCCUGGCUACUCAGUAACCGGAGGUUGCUAUUCAUAUCCUUAUUUGUGGUUGUAAUUCCUCUUAUCUUGUUUUUUCCUCAAGCUGCACCACGGAGCAGGGGUGACUUUGAGUCAGAUCAAUAUAACGCGACUGUUGAACUCAGAAACGGAACCGAGGUCAUAUGGCAGAUACCUCAGUCUUGUAAAGCUGUCCUAUUUCUGGCUCAUGGUUGUAAUGGCAGAGCUCUUAACUUCUGGGACAAAUCUCCCAGCUGUGCUAAUUGCAUCGGUUUACCCGAGGAGAGGCUACUUGUGUCAAAUGCGCUUGCUCGUAACUUUGCUGUUGUCACAAUAUCAAGCAGAGGAAGGUGCUGGACAUUUGGGGAAGAGAUGUUAACUGUGAAAGAUAUGCUUGAAUGGUGGGUGCAUAAACAUAAGAUUCACACAGUUCCUCUUGUGGCCUUGGGGGCCUCUUCUGGUGGGUACUUCGUUUCUGCUCUUGCUACCAAUCUGAAGUUCAGUAGUAUUACAAUCAUGAUUGCUGAAGGAGUUUUUGGUGAGAUGGAUAUCCCAGAGGACUAUCCACCUACUCUUUUCGUCCAUAUGCCGAAAGAUGUGCACAGACAGCAACAGAUAAGUGUAUAUAUGGAGAUGCUGAAAAGUAAAGGCAUCGAUGUUGCAGAGGUUGAAUGCUUAGACCUUCCCUUGUCAAAGAAUUUCUUAGCUGACAGAGUUCCAGGACUUGAUCCAAUUGUCUCAGCCAAGUUGUUUAAUCUAUUCAAGGACAAAGGUUUUGUUAAUGAGCAAGGAUACAUGAAAAAAGAUGGGCGUGCUACACGCUGGAAAGAAGCUCUCCGAGGAAGUCAGAUCAUGCUGGACAAGAAUUUGUUCCAGCAUGUGCAGGAGGAACUAAACCUUGCUUUUGCAUUCCAUGAAAUGACGAGCUUGCCAUCUGAUGCCAUAUUUAAAUGGUUUGAAUCCCAUAUGAAGAGUUCUUCUAUUUCACGCAAACCCCACCAUCUCCUUGCAGUAGAAUCACCCAAAAAUUGAGAAUUACCGCAGAUGGUUUCACGACCUAAGCAGGUAAUCAAGGCAUCGGGAUUGAAAGUCGGACGAAAGAGGUAGAAAAUUGAGCAAAGGAUUUGAAAGUGCAAAGAUCACCGUUGCGAAGCAAUUGUCAUUGACGCAGACCGUGAAUAUAGCACUCAAACCGUGAAGAUCGCAAGAUUCCACGAAGAUUUGUAUGCUUCGCGGGCAGUGUAAAGAUCACGGUCUCAGACAGUGAUGUGAACCAGCAGCUCGUUAACUUCGUAUGUGAUACGGUGCCUUUUGCGCCAAAAUCAUGGUUCCCUUGUCGACUUCACGCGCGUGAUCUCAGACCGUGAUUCUUGCACUCGUCGAUUAUAAAAGGGAGAGUUAGCUGGAUUCAAAAGAGAGAGUCGUAGAGAGAGAUUGGAGCUUCUUCUUCAAGGUUUAGAGAGAGAGAGCUACGAGAUAAUAAAGAAGGAGAAUUUCACCUACCCAAGGCUAGAGGAAGGUUGAUUUCUUCUCCAAAGGUUGAAUCAAGCAUCUAAGAAGCAGAAAAAUCAUCUUGCUAUGGGUUUUUCUUCUCUCUUAUUUGUAUUUUCACCUCCAGUUAUGGAGUAGUCUCCAAUUUCACUUGGAUGUUGUGAACCCUAUUCUAGGAUGUGUUAGAUUGUAGGAAUUGAAUUGUAUUGUGUGUUGGAUUUGUGAUUAAUAUAAUGUUUGAGGUAUUAUUC